CGCAAGCGCACUGGCCCUGCCGCCGGCCCGCGGCGCGUGGCGGCUUCUCUGAGUCGCGGGAGCCACACUCUGACCGGGGCCCGGCGGCGCACAGCGCUCGAGGGUCAUGUCGUGGCUCUUCGGCAUCAACAGGGGCCCCAAGGGCGAGGGCGCGGGACCGCCGCUGUCCUUGCCUCCCGUACAGCCUGGGGCCGAGGGCGGCGGCGACCGCGGUGCGGGAGACCGGCCGGCGCCCAAGGACAAAUGGAGCAACUUCGACCCGACGGGGCUGGAGCGUGCGGCCAAGGCGGCGCGCGAGCUGGAGCACUCGCGCCACGCCAAGGAGGCUUUGAAUCUUGCACAGAUGCAGGAGCAGACGCUGCAACUGGAGCAACAGUCCAAGCUUAAGGAGUAUGAGGCUGCUGUGGAGCAGCUGAAGAGUGAGCAGAUCCGUGUGCAGGCUGAGGAACGGAGGAAGACCCUGAGUGAAGAGACCCGGCAGCACCAGGCUAGGGCCCAGUACCAAGACAAGCUGGCUCGGCAACGCUAUGAGGACCAGCUGAAACAGCAGCAACUUCUCAAUGAGGAGAACUUACGGAAGCAGGAGGAGUCUGUGCAGAAGCAGGAGGCCAUGCGACGAGCCACUGUGGAGCGGGAGAUGGAACUGCGGCACAAGAAUGAGAUGCUGCGGGUGGAGGCUGAGGCCCGUGCUCGGGCCAAGGCCGAGCGGGAGAACGCAGACAUCAUCCGUGAGCAGAUUCGCCUGAAGGCUGCUGAGCACCGGCAGACCAUUCUGGAGUCCAUCAGGACAGCUGGCACCCUGUUUGGUGAAGGAUUCCGUGCCUUUGUGACAGACUGGGACAAAGUGACAGCCACGGUGGCUGGGCUGACGCUGUUGGCUGUUGGGGUCUAUUCAGCAAAGAAUGCCACUGCUGUUGCUGGCCGCUAUGUGGAGGCGCGGCUGGGGAAGCCAUCGCUGGUGAGGGAGACCUCCCGCAUCUCGGUGCUGGACGCUCUGAGGCACCCUGUGCAGGUCAGCCAGCGGCUCCUCAGCAGACCCCAGGAUGCACUGGAGGGCGUGGUUCUCAGUCCCAGCCUGGAGGCACGGGUGCGGGACAUCGCCAUAGCAACGAGGAACACCAAGAGGAACAAAAGCCUGUACAGAAACAUCCUGAUGUACGGGCCACCAGGGACUGGCAAGACACUGUUUGCCAAGAAACUCGCGCUGCACUCGGGCAUGGACUACGCCAUCAUGACAGGCGGGGACGUGGCCCCCAUGGGGCGGGAGGGUGUCACCGCCAUGCACAAGGUCUUCGACUGGGCCAACACCAGUCGACGAGGCCUCCUGCUCUUUGUGGAUGAAGCAGAUGCAUUUCUUAGGAAGAGAGCCACAGAGAAGAUAAGUGAAGACCUCAGGGCUGCCCUCAAUGCCUUCCUGCACAGGACUGGCCAGCACAGCAGCAAGUUCAUGCUGGUCCUGGCCAGCAACCAGCCUGAGCAGUUUGACUGGGCCAUCAACGACCGCGUCGACGAGCUGGUCUGCUUCCACCUGCCGCAGCGCGAGGAGCGGGAGCGCCUGGUGAGAAUGUAUUUUGACAAGUAUGUUCUUAAGCCGGCCACAGAAGGAAAGCAGCGUCUGAAGCUGGCCCAGUUUGACUACAGCAGGAAGUGCUCUGAGGUCGCCCAGCUGACAGAGGGUAUGUCGGGCCGCGAGAUUGCCCAGCUGGCCGUGGCCUGGCAGGCCAUGGCGUAUGCCUCCGAGGACGGCGUGCUCACCGAGGCCAUGAUGGAUGCCCGAGUUCAGGACGCCAUCCAGCAGCACCAGCAGAAGAUGCAGUGGCUGACCUCGGAGGGACCCAGGGCCCAGGCUGGCGAGCCCACGCACCUGCGUCCACAGCAGGCCAGCUAGGCCUGGACACUUGGCACACCCCACUGGGAAGUACAGCCGAGUGGCCUGCAGUGCCCUCCUGCCAGGGGUGCUGGCUGGGGAGGGUCACACCUCCAAGCCAGGCUGCAGACCCAAGGCUGAGGGCUGCAGCCAUGCCGGCAGGACCGGGGCCUGCGGGGACCAGAUGGGCAGGAGGUCGCUGGCCCAGCCUUGGCCUGGAUGCUGCCCUGCCCUGUACGUUUGUGCCAAGAAUUAGCCCAGCCCCAACCUGGUGGGGUGGAUCCACAGCCAGACAGCCACUGGCCUGUGGUGCCUAGUGCUCUGAGCCGCUGCUCCUCCAGAAUGGGAAUAAAACUGCCU